CUUUGACAAUUUUGUAGAACCAAAUUUCUUACUUAAACAGUGUGUUCUUUCCCAAAAUAGAGAAGCUUGUAUGGAAUCUCUCUUUAUGCUUCUAAUCCAAGCCAAUUUCAUGGUUUAUUAUUUCCCUUCAUAAACCCUUUUGGCACCUAUAAAAUGCCUUCAAAAUCUCACUUCUCAUAUGCCCUUCUUCUCAAAGUUUCCCUUCUCUCUGCAGUUUCAUUCCAAUUUUCAUGUCUAGGCUCAUGGAACCACUUUCUGUGGGAAGAGUGAUAGGAGAAGUGGUUGACAUUUUCAGUCCAAGUGUGAGAAUGAAUGUGACAUAUUCCACCAAGGAAGUUGCUAAUGGUCAUGAGUUAAUGCCUUCUACUGUUAUGGCCAAACCACGCGUGGAGAUUGGUGGUGAUGACAUGAGAACUGCUUAUACCUUGAUCAUGACAGACCCAGAUGCUCCAAGUCCUAGUGAUCCAUGUCUAAGGGAACAUCUUCACUGGAUGGUUACAGAUAUCCCUGGCACCACAGAUGUCUCUUUUGGAAAAGAGAUUAUGGGGUAUGAGAGUCCAAAACCAGUAAUAGGAAUCCACAGAUAUGUGUUCAUCUUGUUCAAGCAGAGAGGAAGACAAACAGUUAGAGCUCCUUCUUCAAGAGACCAUUUCAACACAAGGAAAUUCUCAGAAGAGAAUGGCCUUGGUCUACCAGUUGCUGCAGUUUACUUCAAUGCUCAGAGAGAGACUGCUGCAAGGAGAAGGUUAUUCCAGAAGAAGAAGAAGAAGAAGAAGAAAAGAAAAGGGUUUCAGUAAAUAAAUUUAUAACUAGUUUCAAUCUCAAGUGUAUGAGAUUUGUUUCAUCUGGUUUUCUUAGGGUUUGGCAUGGUUGAACAAUAAGGUUAAGUGUGUUUUCAUGAAAUCUCUUCUUCUCUUCUGGUUUUCUUUUUCAAUUUUCUUGAGAGGUUGGUGGUGUUUAAAAGGUAGUAAAUAUUCUUGAUGUACUUUGUACUUAUAGCAAUUAUAGGUUAUGAGAAGUUGGGGACCAAACUAGUCUUAUGUUUCUUUCAAGGAUCUAUGAUCUGUUAUAGUAAAGAACAUAGCUUUACCAGA